AUGGCAUCCUCACCUGUGAUGUCCAUGUUGCAGGUCCACUGGCCUUCUGGUCAUUGCACAACCCAGCCAGGGGCCUGGUUCCCUGAGCCACCGGCCUUCCUACGGCCUCCUCAGUUGAGCCACUUCCCACUGCUCUGGGCGGGAGGCAGCUGGGGUUCUGCCUCCCAGGCUGGAGUGGGCUGGGUGGCUGUGGAUGCAGUGGCCUCGGCAGUGCAGUGUAGGAUUCUGACCGACCUCUGUCCAGACACGCCCUUGUGGGGCAAUAUAACCCCUGAGGCCUGGGAGGAUGGGCCUGGUGCCUGGGUACUGCUCAGCAGCUGCAGCUCCUUCAGCGCACCUUCUGUACUACACGGGCCCCCAGACAUGAGGAGGCUCUUCCUGAUCACCGGCCUGGUGGCUAUGCUGCUGCAGGAGGCAAGCAUGGCCCCAGCACCCCAGGUCCCUGUCAAGUUCCAAGUCAGACUCAGGGCUCAUGAGCAGGACACAGAGAAGGCCUGGGGCGCCCGUGUGCUGGCAUCUCUGGAGAAGGGGCUGCUGCCUAUACUGAAGCUGAGGGUCUUGGCUGUCAACGAGGAGUUGCCAGGCACCAAAGCCUGGGUGGAGCCUGAGGAUAUCCUGGGCCGUGUCUGGAGUCCCCUGCAGGAUCCUGAGCCAGACCAUGACAGCUUAUACCAUCCUCUGACUGAGGACCAGGGAGGAGCCAGGCCUUGGCCGAGGGCACUGCCAUCUCGCCAGGUGCUCCCGGGACCAGAGGAGGACCGAGACCACAUCUACCACCCUGCAGAGGGGCCCGGGGGGCCCUGAUUGCCCUCCUAGCCCUGCCCUGGGGCCCAGGCUGUCAGGACUCUGACCUCUGCCCAGAAAAAUAAACACCUGUCAACAGCAGCAGGAGGCCAGUGUGCCUCCAAUACCAGU